UCUCUCUUCCAUUUUCCUGCCAUUUUUUUACUUUCCACAAAAAUGACACCCCUACAGAUGCAGGCAGCUGCCACAUUCCAACAUUUUCUCGUCUCUUUCUUUUUCACCAUUUUCAUAACAAGACUGGACAAAACUGAUCAUUGAAAAGAAGAGAAACAAUGGGGUCUAAUCCAUCUCUAAUGUUGUUUCUCUUCUUUCUUCUUGUUGGAUUGGCCUCUUCAUCCUACAUUUCAAAUCAUGCAUUGGAGCCUAGCGGAUUGAGAGGUCGUACCCUUCUUCAAGCAAAAGCAUCUUGCCCUGUAAACUUUGAAGCUCAGAACUACACAAUCAUCACUAGCCAAUGCAAAGGGCCGAAUUACUCUCCAAAACUCUGCUGCGAUGCCUUCAAGGAAUUCGCCUGCCCUUUUGCUGAUCAAGUGAAUGACAUGAAAAACGAUUGUGCAUCAACCAUGUUCAGUUACAUUAACAUGUAUGGACAUUAUCCUCCUGGACUUUUUGCGAAUUUUUGCAAGGAUGGCGCCCAGGGCCUUGAAUGUGCAUCUGCAGAAGCAGAAAGUCCCAAGAAAAAUGGGGCGCUGAAAACUGCUCAAUCAACUGUGCUGGUGCUGGCAGCUGGUUUCUUGACGUUUUUGUUGAAUGCCUUCUAAAACUCAAGAACAGAAAUCGAAAAUGCGCACCUUCUAAUUACUAGUUCAGACAUUGAUAUCCUCCGAGUUUAUAUAUAAGUAAUAUUUAUCUUGAGAUUGUAACGUUUUUUGUGCUCUGAUCAUUCUCUUGGACAAUAUUGAGCCUAAUUCGUUCUGCUAGAAGCAUAUGGUUCUUCAGAUUUUUGAAUGACAUGCUAUUUUUGAUGCCUUAUGUGA